GGGCUGAGAAAAAGGGUGUCCGAAGAGGAUAGCUCUCACAGUACUUCGUUAUAUACUAUAGUAAUAUACAGUUGCAAACAUGACUGACAACGACAAAUUAGACAACCAGAGGUUGAAGAACUUCAAAAACAAAGGUCGCGAUUUGGAGACCAUGAGGAGACAGAGGACGGAAGUGGUGGUUGAACUGAGAAAGAACAAAAGGGACGAACACCUUCUGAAGAGGAGAAACGUGCCCCAUGAAGACAUCUGCGACGACUCUGAUGCUGAUGGAGAUUUCAGAACGCAAAAUGCCUCUUUAGAAGCAAUAGUACAAAAUGCUACCAGCGAGAACCAGGGGAUUCAGUUGAGCGCAGUGCAGGCUGCCAGGAAACUGUUAUCAAGUGACCGUAACCCUCCAAUAGAUGACUUGAUAAAGUCUGGCAUUCUGCCCAUACUGGUUCACUGUUUGGACAGAGAUGACAAUCCGUCUCUCCAGUUUGAGGCGGCCUGGGCUCUGACCAACAUCGCUUCAGGGACCUCUGAGCAGACGCAGGCGGUCGUGCAGUCCAAUGCAGUUCCCCUGUUCCUACGGCUGCUGCAGUCUCCACACCAGAACGUGUGUGAGCAGGCAGUGUGGGCUCUUGGCAACAUCAUAGGCGAUGGUCCCCAGUGCAGAGACUAUGUGAUCAGUUUGGGUGUGGUCAAGCCCCUCCUGUCCUUCAUCAGCCCCUCUAUUCCCAUCACCUUCUUGCGCAACGUCACCUGGGUCAUGGUGAACCUGUGCCGCCACAAGGAGCCCCCUCCCCCCAUGGAGACCAUCCAGGAGAUUCUGCCCGCUCUGUGUGUCCUGAUUCACCACACCGACGUGAACAUUCUGGUGGACACCGUGUGGGCUUUGUCCUACCUGACGGACGCAGGGAACGAGCAGAUCCAGAUGGUUAUCGACUCUGGAAUUGUCCCUCACCUGGUACCCCUGCUCAGCCACCAGGAGGUCAAAGUUCAGACUGCCGCGCUGCGAGCCGUGGGUAACAUUGUGACUGGUACAGAUGAACAGACUCAGGUGGUGCUCAACUGUGACGCCCUGAGCCACUUCCCCGCACUGCUCACACACCCCAAGGAGAAAAUCAACAAGGAGGCUGUGUGGUUCCUGUCCAACAUCACAGCAGGAAACCAGCAGCAGGUCCAGGCUGUGAUUGAGGCCAACUUGGUGCCUAUGAUCAUCCUGUUGCUCGACAAGGGAGAUUUUGGCACUCAAAAGGAGGCAGCUUGGGCUAUAAGCAAUCUCACAAUAAGCGGCAGAAAGGAGCAGGUGGCGUACCUGAUCCAGCAGCGUGUCAUCCCUCCUUUCUGUAACUUGCUGACGGUGAAGGACGCACAGGUGGUUCAGGUGGUUCUGGACGGGCUCAGCAACAUACUGAAGAUGGCCGACGAAGAGGCAGAGACCAUCGCAAACCUGAUUGAAGAGUGUGGAGGUCUGGAAAAGAUUGAGCAGCUACAGAAUCAUGAGAAUGAGGACAUCUACAAACUGGCAUAUGAAAUCAUUGAUCAGUUCUUUUCAUCCGAUGAUAUUGAUGAAGACUCCAGCCUGGUUCCGGAGGCCAUCCAAGGCGGAACGUAUGGCUUCAACUCUUCAACCAACGUGCCAGCAGAGGGGUUUCAGUUCUAGAAGGCAUCUCAAAAGUUGGGAGUUUUGUUUGCGAUGCAGCACUCUGUUCAACAUUAAAAAUAUUUAGGAGCGAAAGAGAGCGAGAGAGAGAGAGAGAGAGAGAGCGCGAGAGUAUGAGAGAAAUUAGAUCCAUUGUGCUUGGCUCGUGGGAUCCAUGGCUGCAUCUAAUCCGAGAGAAAUUGUGUGGAUUUCGUUUGGCAUUCCGAGGGAACCAGCCCAAAUGAAGUUUGAGAUGGCGAGUGGGUGCGAGAGUGAGAGUGAGUGGUUACUGUAUGUAACAAAACACAACCAUCUACACUGUAUGAGUUUAGGGACAUUUCGUGAAACUUCACAAAAAAAAAAACACACAAACAAAACGUAUGGGACAUGUCUACUAAACAAAAAACAAAAACAAAAUGAUGUCACAAACGGGAGUAAUAAGACAUCACAAUCCUAGCAAUUGACAGGAAGAAAACAAACGUUAAACGGACGAACCUGCGACAAGCAAAAUGAAGAACCAUAUCACACUUCUGAGGAUGUCUGACCAGUAGGGGGCGCCACUCUCGACGCGCUUCUCCCUCACAAUCGGCCACAAAGUGAGACCCGUGUGUGUGAAUGGACCCAUAUUCGUAUGAAUGUCUGGACUCAGUGCUGAGGAGCUUGGUUCAUCUCCUCUGUUCUGGGAUGGGGGGGAAAAAAACCCCUUUGUGGGCGCAAGGGGCCAUCUUCCCGCACCACAGUGCGGGGCCCCGGAGUCCAGCAGCGACCGACGCGUUGCGUGUGCAAGUGAAAUGGACGAAUGGUGUGUGCGUGACUGAGGUGUGCAAGAGCAAGACUGAAUCUGAACGCAUGCAGAGAGUCAACAUCGAAAUCGAAAACAACAAAAGGAGAAUAACAUAAAAAGUAAUAAAUAUCAAGAAAUGGGGAAGAAAAAAACAACGAAGGAAGAUUUUAAGAAUAUCAAAAUGAAUCUCGCCUGGAAAAAAGGCUAAUAUUAAUAUUCAAGAGGAAUAACAACUCACCUCAAUAAACUACGACAAUAUAGAAGACGCCAUCACAGUUUUUCUUUUUUUUUCUUUUAAUUUCUUUAGUAUUACAUUGACACUGGACAGUGCUGUUGGAUGGUGAAGCAGAAGUGCAUAGUGAAAAAGAUGCAUUCAGUGGUUUUGGGCUACGCUUUAUGCCGCCAGUGUGUACUAUUUUUCUUUUCUCUCUCUGUUUUUUUUUUUUUUUUUUAAAGUUCUGUUUUAUUUUUUGGCUUUUAUUUUCCAAUGCUUGUAUAGAAGUGAAGAUUUAUGGUAUCACUUAAGCCUACUCUCCUACCACUGUAGUUGUACCUUUUGCACCCGAUAUUGGUUUGAUGCUGUGAAAAAUCCCAUGACAUCGCCUUCACCAACCAAAUAACUUCUGUCAUUUCCUCCCCCCCAGUCCUGCAUGACAUGGAUUUUUUUUUCCUCUUCAUUCUUCUCUUUCUUUAAGCAAAAAAAAAAAAAGAAAGAAAAAAGUACUGCUUUGCAGUACUGUUGCCAUAGCUUUGAGCUUUUCAAAUUAUCACAAGGGGGGGAAAAUUGAUAAUAAAUGGCCAUUUUAUGUAACUUUGUGAAACAUAAUCUUUGCAUGUACUAAACUACAGCAUAGUUCAUUUUAGGGGUUUUUAGUUUUGUUAGGACUGUGUACACAGUGUAAUUUUUUCUUCCCUUUCUUCUUCUUGGUUUUUUUUUUUGUUUUUUUUUAGUAAACUGUGCUGUUUAAAUGUUACAUGUCUCUUCCCGACCC